AUGUACUCACGCGGUUAGACAAUAAUCAGCGUGGAUGUGCCGGAGUGGUUAUCGGGCAUGACUAGAAAUCAUGUGGGCUCUGCCCGCGCAGGUUCGAAUCCUGCCGUUCACGUUUUUUGAUUUUUUUUUCCUUUAUCAUCUGUUUUUCGAUUCAGCGGGAUUUGGGCGCCGACAUUCUACUUUGCAUUGCAUGUAAAGAAUGAGACUGGAAGGUGGACAGUCGGGCAGAGAUAACACUCUAAUGAUAAUCACCAGUCACUCACAAAUAUAUAAUCUUUCACAUUCAAUUUACACUCUCAUCAGGCAAUGCAAAACGAUCAACCAACUCUACCAAGUCCAUGCCCAGGCUUUCACAAAAGGUCUCUCUCUUACCGCUUGUUCUUCUCCUCAAAUUUUAACCAAAAUCCUCUACGCUCUCACCACCAUACCCACCCCAAAGUCAUCCUUCUCUCUACUGCACUAUGCGGUCUCUACAUUCGAUAAUAUCCAAAACCCAUCGACCUUUUGCUACAAUGUUAUCAUUAGACUCCACACUCUCCAUUCCUCUGCGCUCUCUGCCCUCCAUUUCUUCCUCCAAAUGCGCCGCUUCUCUGUCCCACCUGACUUCCACUCUUACCCAUUUGCGCUAAAAGCUUGUGCGCAUCUUCGCGUUCUUUCAUUGGCUCAAUGUCUUCAUUCUCAAGUUUUCAAAUUUGGGUUUGUGUCUGAUUUGUACGUAAUCAAUUCCCUCAUUCAUGUGUACUCUUUAUUUGAUUGCUUAAAUCAUGCUUGUCAGGUGUUUGAUGAAAGUUCUGACAGAGAUGUGGUUUCUUAUAAUGCUUUGGUCGAUGGGUUUGUUAAAGCUGGUGAGUUUGUAAAGGCAAGGGAGAUUUUCGAUCUGAUGCCUAUGAGAGAUUCUGUGUCUUGGGGUAGUCUUAUCGCUGGGUACGCACAGGGAAGCUAUUGCAAUGAAGCAAUUGGACUGUUUGAUCUUAUGAUGGGUUUAAAACUUGAACCUGAUAAUAUUGCAUUAGUGUCUGCUCUUUCUGCUUGUGCACAAUUGGGUGAAUUGGAAAAGGGGAAGCAAAUUCAUGAUUAUAUUAAAAAGAACAGGAUUCAAGCUGAUUCCUUUCUGUCAACUGGGCUGGUUGAUUUUUAUGCAAAGUCUGGGUGCAUUGACACGGCUAUAAAAGUUUUUGAAUUAAGCCCUGAUAAGAGUUUGAUUACAUGGAAUGCCAUGCUUAUUGGCAUUGCAAUGCACGGUAAUAGUCAUUUAUUAUUAAAUUACUUCUCAAGAAUGAUGGAGGCCGGGAUUAAACCUGAUGGGAUUAGUUUUUUAGGAGUUUUAGUAGGAUGUAGCCAUGGGGGUCUUGUAGAUGAAGCAAAGAAGCUUUUUGAUGAGAUGGAAUCUAUUUAUGGCGUUUGUCGAGAGCUCAAACACUAUGGGUGCAUGGCUGACUUACUAGCACGAGCAGGAUUGAUUAAAGAAGCAGUAGAGUUGACAAAGGGCUUGCCUAUGGGUGGUGAUAUAUUUGUAUGGAGUGGUUUGCUAGGAGGGUGUAGGAUACAUGGGAAUAUUGAAAUCGCAGAGCAGGCAGCAAAGCAGGUGAUGGAGUUGAAACCUGAAGACGGUGGGGUUUAUUCAAUCCUGGCUAAUGUUUAUGCCAAUGCAGAUCGAUGGGAAGAUGUAGUAAAGAUUAGGAGAUCAAUGAGUAGCAAUAGGGCGGUGAAGAAGAAUGCUGGUCGUAGCUCGAUUCAAUUGGGUGGUCUUACGCAUGAAUUUCUUGCAGGAGAGAGCUUGCAUGCACAAAGUAGUGAGAUAUAUAUGGUUUUGGAUGGAAUCAGAGAACAUCAAUCUGAGGGGUCGUAUUAAUAUGGGUGAACUUUCUGCUUAUUGUUUCUAGUUUGCCUCAAUCCUGAGUAAGAAUGAGUGCAUGUGGUACGUGUCUUAACAGAAGAAGCUUAUCUAGCAUGGUGUGCUGCUAGGCGGUAUAUCUCAACAAAUUAUUGUACGACUUUGUGCAUAAGGAGUUCUAAAACACAUCUAUAUAUGAGGUGCAGUAUUCAAAUAUCAAAUAUCAUACUGGAGAUGUUCUAUUGGACAAGAAAUUAUUAUCUUUUUCUAUACAAAACAAAAGACCGAUAUGACAUACGUGCCACUUCACGAGGCUUCGAUUUCUGAUCCUGGAUAUUUUUUGAUCCUGUGCACACCACUAGGGAUAAGAAUUCGUGCAGUUUCUACAUAUCACUACUUGAUUCCAGAACCUCUUCCUCACCGUCUCUCUAUAAAUUCCAAGAACUUGGAAAACAACUUCGAGCAAGCAAAGCCAAGAGUAUCUCUUUUCAAGUUACUCUUAAUAUAAGUUGCAAACCUUUGUCAACGCAUUAUUCCUCCUCUAUA